AUGGUUGAACCUGUGGGUAACCAUUAUGUUAUAGCCAGACCUGUAUACUCAGAGAAUGCAUUCAAUGAAGAGCAUGAGAAAUUGCACAGAUACCAUAAAACCUUUUGGGAUCACCUGAAACUCUAUUUUAGCUGCUCCCCACAAAGGGCCAAAAAAUUUGCUUUGGGUUUGUUUCCAGUCAUUUCCUGGCUGCCAGCAUACCGCUUCAGGGAGUGGGUCCUGAAUGACAUCAUCUCUGGCAUCAACACGGGGCUCGUGGCUGUGCUGCAAGGUCUGGCCUUUGCUUUGCUGGUGAAUGUUCCCCCCAGUUACGGACUCUAUGCAGCUUUCUUCCCUGUCCUGGUUUAUUUUAUCUUUGGCACAUCGAGACAUAUCUCAGUGGGUCCCUUCCCUGUCCUGAGCCUCAUGGUGGGAGGAGUCGUCACCAGGCUGGUCCCAGAUAAUAGCACUGGGAAUGGCAAUUCCACAAAUACCUCAGCAAUAAAUGAUGAGAGGGUGAUGGUGGCUGCAUCUGUAACCUUCCUUUCUGGGGUUAUUCAGUUGCUUCUGGGAAUUUUCCAGUUUGGAUUCAUCGUUAUUUAUCUAUCACAAUCAUUAAUCAGUGGUUUUACAACUGCUGCAGCUAUCCACGUUUUGGUAUCUCAACUGAAAUUCAUGUUUCAGCUACCUGUCCCUGGAUUUAAUAAACCAUUUGGCAUCAUCUAUACUCUGGAGAGCCUUUUCAGCCAGAUCACAAAAGCAAACAUUGCUGACCUUGUCACAUCACUGGUUGUCCUACUUAUCGUGUUUGUAGUAAAAGAAAUGAACGAUCGAUACAAGGAAAAGUUACCAGCUCCCAUCCCAAUCGAACUCCUUGUGACAAUCUUAGCAGCACUCAUUUCCUAUUUUGUCAACUUUGAAGAAAAAUUUGAAGUAGCUGUCGUUGGGAAACUAGAGGAAGGGUUUCAUGCACCUGUUGCACCUGAUGCAGGCAUCCUCCAGAAGUGUAUUGGUGACGGCAUUUCCAUCGCAAUCGUUGGGUUUGCAGUAGCCUUCUCCGUGGCUAAAGUGUAUUCCAUCAAGCAUGACUACCCAAUAGAUGGCAACCAGGAACUAAUUGCUUUUGGGCUGGGUAAUAUAGUUGGUGGAUCAUUCAAGGGAUUUGCCUCCAGCACUGCUCUGUCAAGAUCAGGUGUGCAGGAGAGCACAGGAGGCAAAACACAGAUUGCUGGCAUUAUCUCAUCUGUCAUUGUUUUGGUUGUGAUCUUGGCCAUUGGGUUCCUCCUGGCACCAUUACAGAAGUCAGUCCUUGCAUCUUUGGCUCUUGGCAAUUUGAAAGGAAUGCUCCUGCAGUUCAAGGAAAUAAGCAUCCUCUGGAGAAAGGACAAGUAUGACUGUGUUAUAUGGGUGGUGACUUUCUUAGCUGCCAUUUUCCUUGGCCUGGACAUUGGACUAGGAGCAGCUGUGGCAUUCCAGCUGCUGACUGUGGUGAUCCGCUCCCAGAUUCCAAGCUGCACUGUUUUGGCCAAUGUUGGGAGAAGUAACAUCUACAGAAACAGGAAGGAUUACACUGAUAUCUAUGAGCCAGAGGGAGUGAAGAUUUUCAGAUGCUCCUCUCCAAUCUUCUUCGCUAAUAUUGAAUUCUUCAGAGAGAAACUCAUCACUGCUGUUGGCUUCAACCCACUGAGAGUCCUGAGGAAACGCAAUAAAGCUCUGAGGAAGAUUAGGAAGAUGCUGAAGAAAGGAGAGCUGCAAGUGACACAGAAGGGCUUGAUUUGCAUGGCUAAUCCUACUUAUGAGUCAGAGGAAGAGCUGGACAACAACAAAAUAGAGGAGCUGGACCAGCCCACCAUCAUGACAGACUUGCCCAUUCGGAUCAACUGGGGCACUGACCUCCCCCCUGGCAUCACUGUACCCCAGGUCAACCUCCACAGCAUCAUUCUGGAUUUCUCAUCAGUGUCCUUCCUCGAUUUUUCUGCCAUGACAGUCCUCCGAAAGACUUUGAAAGAAUUUAUCCGGCUCGACAUUGACAUUUAUGUUGCUGGGGCGUACGAGGGCCUCCUGGACAAACUGGAGAGAAGUGCAUUUUUUGAUGAAGAGAUAAAGCCAUCCAUGUUUUUCCUCACCAUUCACGACGCAGUUUUACACAUUUUGCUGAAGAAGGACAUAGCCAACUCCCCCAAAUUGAAACUUGCUGAGGAGAAGGGUAGAAGCAGUGACUGUGUCAUCAUCCCCAGGAACAGACUGCGCAGCCAGGAAUGCACAAUUCCAACAGAAACAAAAUUUUAG